AAAUGUGUGCGUCAAAUCCUCGUUUGACAUACAGCUUGAAAUGAAACGAAAACGAAGAUAUUCAUAGAUGUUCCGAACUAUUCCAAUCAGUUAUCUUCCACUAACAAUUGUACGGGAUUCCGUCUGGCUAUGAUGGAGAUGGAUGACGGUGAUAACAGGAGGGCUUCUGGCUCAGAGCAAAGGCGUAUGGCGACCAAAGCCUCCUACAGUGACUGUCAGAUACCAGUAAGAGAUCACCUUGGGGCACAGCCGACCCCUUAUGAUUCGUAUGAGGAGUUCUUCAGCAGCAGCAGCAGCAGCAGCAGCCAGAUUUCCAUCCAUUUGGUCGGUGCGCUCGUGACUUUCUCAGGGCAGCACAGCGAUGUCGUGAAACAAGGUUACUUGGGCAAGCUUGAGAGGGACCACAGAAGAUAUUUUGUCCUCAGAGCAGGAAGUCACACCGGACCGAGUCGACUUGAGUGGUACAAGUCCCUGGAGAAGUUUGCAACAAUGGAGAAGUCAUCUGGGAAAUAUGCGCUUUUUGGGCCGAGCAAGCAAGGGGUGAUUUACCUGAGGUCCUGCAUUGGUGUGGGCUGCCUUUGUAGUUUGAGUAAAGGCCUCACGGUGGCGCUGUAUGCUCAAGACCAGACAAUGGUCCUGGUGGCAGACAGCCAGCAGGAUCAAGAGGCGUGGUACCUUUCCAUCAAAAAACUGAUGGAGGAGCAUAGAGAUGAAGAUCAGGCGUGUGAUGAUGAGGACGACGGCUAUUGCACUUUGCCGCCUGCGGGCUUCUUCAAAGAGGUUUGGCCCGUCUGUGUGAAUCCGCGAGGUCUUGGUCGCUCAAAGUCUUUGUCAGGUGAGCUCCGCCUCUGCCUCACCGCAACUUCUCUCCUCCUGGUCCGAGUGAGCGCGUGCAGCGAUUUGCCCUCGGUUACGAUACCUCUGCUCACCGUGCGCCGCUUCGGCCACUUGGAGGACUCCUUUUUCCUGGAGCUCGGCCGGUCCGCACCGCUCGGUCCAGGAGAGCUCUGGUUUGAAGCGAGAGACCAAGCGCAGCACAUUCACGAAGCGGUUCGGGAUACAGUCCGAGCGCUGCGGGCGCUUCCGGAUUUCGGCCGCUCGCCCAUUUCCAACCACAAUCCGCUCCUGGUCCCCAAACGCUGUCGACCCAAAUACAGAGAGAAGAAAAACCUGGCCGCUCAGACGGGCCCAACGCAGUACCAGCAAACCACCGGACCGGAAUCUCAAUCUCCUGUCAGCUUGCGUAGCAUGGCCUUGCCCGAGCCCGAUCGCUACAUGGACAUGAGGAAGCAGCCCCCUGCUGGUGAAUGUCGUGAAGGGGAGGGCGUCGAUUACAUGAUGAUGUCACCGCAGGUCAGCCGCAGCUCCUGCUUGUUGCCUCAGGAUGCUUCUGUUACCAUGUCAAGCCCUCAGAAACAAGACUCGCCAGUCUCACCUCAAAGUGGAGUCGAUAGAUGUACUUCUCUAUACACAUCACCUUGGCCGACCAAUGAUUGGUCACAGGACACUCCAACCCACAACGCUCGACUGCCAACGGAGUUUGGGCCCACUCGUUCACCUAAAGGACAUGCGGACACUUCUGGACUGAUGACUCCAUUUGUCCAAACGAAAAAACGAUUCGCCGUUCGAUCUCGACUUGCAUCAUGUCUGCCAUUGUGCCUGCUCGCUGAGGACUGAUCGGGAACGCUAAUUUGUGUUGUCGAGACGAUGCAUCCUGGUACGUAUUCAUGCUGGCUCGCCAUGUGACUUAUUGGUCACGUUAGCAUAAGGGGGCAGAACGCUGCAAAGUUGAUCACCACCUGGGUGUGGCUUUCACUGAAUGAUGGUUGACGGUUGUACAGCGUGUAUGAAUUAAAGUCACUUGAAUGCAACCUGCACUUUGCCCUUUGUACUUUCCUCAAAGGUUGGGAAACAGAACUACAUUACAACUACUUCA